UGUGUAACAUACAGAUUUAGAAAGGAAGAAUGAAAGUCAAAGGAGAAUCCAUUUCUGGUUUCAUGGAGGAGGUGUCUGUUGAUUGGAAAGGCCGGCCCUGCAAGGCUAACAAGCAUGGUGGAAUGACUGCUGCUGUCUUCGUCCUUGGUCUUCAAGCAUUCGAGAUGAUGGCAAUUGCAGCUGUUGGGAACAAUCUAAUAACCUAUGUUUUCAACCAGAUGCAUUUUCCUUUAUCGAAGUCUGCCAACAUAGUCACCAACUUUAUAGGAACCGUGUUCCUCCUCGCACUCGUCGGUGGAUUCUUCUCUGAUUCGUAUCUCGGCAGCUUCCGGACCAUGUUGGUUUUCGGAUUCGUGGAGCUCUCAGGCUUUAUAUUACUUUGCAUUCAAGCACAUCUCCCACAGCUGAGGCCACCCCAUUGUGAUAUGGUCUCUAAUGGAGAUCACUGUGAGGAAACAAAGGGCUACAAGGCCUUAAUAUUGUUUCUUUCACUCUACUUGGUUGCUUUAGGAAGUGGUUGCCUCAAACCCAACAUUAUAUCGCUUGGGGCUGACCAAUUCACCAAGGAAGACUCCAAGCAAUCCAAGAAGCUCUCCACUUACUUCAACAUCGCAUACUUCGCCUUUUGCAUCGGAGAGUUAGUUGCACUCACUCUUCUGGUUUGGGUCCAAAGUCACUCCGGGAUGGACGUUGGAUUCGGUGUCUCCGCCGCUGCUAUGGGAAUCGGGAUGAUCAGCUUGAUUUCGGGUACGAACUUUUAUCAGAACAAGCUCCCGAGAGGAAGUAUUUUUACUCCGAUCGCUCAGGUUUUUGUUGCUGCAGUAAGAAAAAGAAAGCAAAUCUGUCCUUCAAAUGCAGAGAUGCUCCAUGUAAGUCAAAGCAAUGCCCCGAAUACACCGGUCGGUGUCGGAAACCUUCUUCAUACCAAUAAGUUCAGAUUCCUUGACAAGGCAUGUAUCAAGACCCAGGAUGGAAAAAGUGAGAGUCCAUGGAGACUAUGCACAGUGAGCCAAGUGGAGCAAGUGAAGAUAAUCAUCUCGGUUGUUCCCAUAUUUGCCUGCACCAUCAUUUUCAACACCAUCUUGGCACAGCUCCAAACAUUUUCAGUCCAACAAGGGAGCACAAUGAACACCGAAAUCGUCAACGGCUUCAAAAUCCCACCCGCCACCUUGCAGUCCAUCCCUUACAUCAUGCUCAUCUUCGUCGUCCCACUCUACGAAACACUCUUCAUCCCACUCGCCAGAAAAAUCACCGGCAAUGACUCUGGAAUCACUCCUCUUCAAAGGGUUGGUGUCGGGCUAUUUGUCGCGACGUUCUCGAUGGUAUCGGCUGCCGUGGUCGAGAGCAAAAGAAGAGUCUCGAACUCACAUGACGACAAUGGAACCAUGUCCAUCUUUUGGAUUGCCCCACAGUUCCUUAUAUUUGGGAUCUCGGAGAUGUUCACGGCAGUGGGUCUUUUGGAAUUCUUCUAUAAGCAGUCCCUGGAAGGGAUGCAAUCGUUUCUGAUUGCCAUGACCUACUGCUCCUACUCGUUUGGGUUCUACCUUAGCUCCAUACUCGUUUCCCUUGUUAACAAGAUUACAGCUUCUUCGUCUCAUGGGGGGUGGCUGAGUGACAAUGACCUUAACAAGGACAGGCUAGACCUUUUCUAUUGGAUGUUAGCUGCCCUUAGUCUCAUCAACUUCUUCAAUUAUGUGUUUUGGUCUGCUUUUUUUUACUUAUAACCCGUCUCUGUCAGAUGGUGGACAAUAUCAUGAGGACCCAAAAGCAAGGCAAAGAAGCUUAGAAGCAUUCCUAUUGUAUUAGUGAUAGUUUAUAGUUGCAUAAUAGAUUCAGUAAGAUUUUCCUGCUAGUCAUCGUCAUUAACUCAUUAUGUUCUAUAGUAGUGAGUGUUGACUAUUAUGUGUGUUGGAGUUGAAUUACAAGAUUGAGCAAAGACAGAGGAUUGAGCACAUCAUUUCUCUUUUUUGGUGGAGGAGAAAAAAAGGAGGAAUAUGUGAGUGGUAGGGUUCUUGCAUUACUUAAUAGUUUUUUUUUCAAUAAUAGUUAUGGGUGGGAUUCACCAA